AUGGGGUUCACUCUACUUACGCCUUUUCAUAGCAACAUCCACUACCACCCCACUCCACUGACACCCAGCAUCCGGGCAGGGCUUCGCAAACAGACCGGAUUGACCAUCUGGCUGACGGGUCUCUCCGCCAGCGGCAAGUCUACCAUUGCGGUUGCUUUGGAACAAGCCCUUCUACGCAAACCAUACAACAAAGCGGCCUACCGACUAGAUGGAGACAACAUCCGCUUCGGUCUGAAUAAAGACCUCGGGUUCUCUCCCAAGGAUCGCGAAGAGAACAUCCGUCGCAUCGCCGAGGUGGCCAAGUUAUUUGCCGAUUCAUGUACCAUCUCCAUCACCAGUUUCAUCAGCCCGUACCGAGCCGAUCGCGAUCUCGCGCGUAAGCUUCACGAGACGGAGCGACCCAAUGGCGAGCCGGGCGUGCCGUUUGUCGAAGUCUGGAUUGAUGUGCCGGUGGAAGUUGCCGAACAGAGAGAUCCCAAGGGCUUGUACAAGAAGGCACGCGAAGGCAAGAUUCCCGAGUUCACUGGCAUCAGUGCACCAUACGAGGAGCCGCUGAAGCCGGAAAUUCACAUCCGAUCCGACAAGACGAGUGUUGAGGAUGCAGUCAAGCUCAUCAUUCAAUAUCUGGAAGAAAAGGGGUAUUUGGCUGAGCCGGCUGCAGUUGCAGAUGACGAAUAG